GACGCGUACCAGGUGCUCGGCGUGACGCGGCGCGUGCGGGAGGGAGAGCUGCGCGCGGCGUACAAGGCGCUCGCCAAGGAGUGGCACCCGGACCGGCACCAGGGCUCCGGCCGCGAGGCGGCGGAGCGUCGCUUCCAGGAGGUGGCCGAGGCGUUCCAACUCCUCUCGGACCCAGAGGCGUGCAGG